AUGGAGGUCUCUGGAAAGAUACGUGACCCUGGCCUUGGCAAGUGCUCCGUAGACACAACUGUUUACUGUCAGCCAUGUGACGAAGGCGGGUUCCGCGCUGUAGCCCGAGGCUUCUGUCAGACCUGCGAAGAGUACAUGUGUGAUCCCUGUAUCGAGGCCCAUAAGAGAUUUAAGGUGUCCAGGAACCACAUUAUGUUGUCCAAAGACAAGAUGCCGUCCUUCUACCCAUCCUCCAAGAAGUCAGACAUCGGCGAAACUGAAUACUGUAAAACCCAUCCUAAGGAGAUGAUCAAGUUUUACUGCCCGACCCAUUGCGACCUUGGCUGUGGUGACUGUGUCGUACUUAAUCAUCGCAGCUGUGAAGUCGAUUACAUCGCUGAUGUGGCUCAAGAUUUUGUCAUUGGAAAUGAAUUCAGAGAGCUGGGACCAUCGAUUAAACGAACUGAAGAUCUUCUAUCUGGGUCUAUAAGUAAUGUCGAUGAGCUUUUGGACGAGGUCGAAAACCAGUCUAAGCAUGAGAUCGCCAGAUUGAGGAAAUUCCGAGCAGAAAUCAACACCUACCUGGACCGCCACGAGAAGGAGUUGCUCGACAACAUCCGGAAAGUGGAGAUCGAUGAUGAAAACGUGUUGAAUGCCUUAAAGAGUGACUGUGAGUCGGCGAAAUCGGGUCUUGAGGCCAUGAGGGCGGAAUUAUCGUCUGGUGACAUCUCGGUGAACCAGAGGUACGUGGCGGCGAGGCGAGCCGAGAAGGACAUACGGAAUACUCUGGAUAAGAAAGAGCAAAUAAGUGGUCUGAUAAAGGCCCGAAAGUAUCGGUUUAUUCAGGACGAGGACACGGAACGUCUUCUGGGAUCGAACAUGGGCCUGGGAACACUGGACGUUGCGGGAGAGUUUCUUCCAGUUCUUGACCUCUCUACUGUGACGUGGAAGAAGGGGACGGAUAUCAACGUUAAAACAACUCAGGACCUUGAAAUCUGCUGUAUCACGGGCUCCGCCCUACUCUCAUCUGGUAUCUUACUCCUGGCUGACGGGAAUAACAAGAAUGUCAAACUUGUAAACGUCCCCGCCCGCAGCGUCACCUCCCUCCUCAAGCUGCCUGUCAAGCCUUGGGAAGUGUGUGUGCUCCAUGAUGACCAGGCCGCUGUCACUCUCCCGAUUAACUCCAUGAUUCAGCUGGUGUCUACAAAGCGAGGACAGUUGACGCGUGGAAAGGAAAUAAAAGUAUCAUACGGGUGUAAUGGUAUUGCGUCUUACAACAAUAGAUUAUACAUUUCGUACACAUCAAACCCGCGUAUCGAAGUGAUGACAUUGGAUGGUCAUAUUAUAAGUACAUUUCAAACAGAUGAUGGCAGAAAACUUUUCAAAACACCAUAUAACCUGACUGUGUCAGCUUCAAUACCACCGACCCUGUACGUGUCUGACUACACUACCUACACCGUCCUCCAGCUGUCCCUGGACGGGAAGGUCCUGCAUGAGUACCGGGACAAGCUGCUCAAAUAUCCCACGUCCCUGGUGGAGGUAGGUCCAGGUCAGCUGCUCGUGUGUGGGCAGAGCAAUCAGAACGUGAUGCUGCUGACGGAGAGGGGUGGCAAGAUGAGGGAAAUACUGGGACGGAAGGACGGACUGACCAAUCCCUGCUCCGUGUCUUUUUGUCCUAACCCAUGUGUCAUAGUUGUUUGUGUGAGGAGUUGUCACUCACUACAGGUCUUUAAUGCAAAUUGA